AUGAGUUUUUUACCAGGAGGAAAUAAUGGUACCAAUUUUGGUGCAUACGGUGGACAGAGCCGCCCUCAAAGUUACAGUGAAAUGACAUCGGAGCAGCAGGCCAUGGCCGGCGCCGAGGCCAUGAUGAACUUUAUGCAAUCAUGCCCAGGCAAAUCAGCAAUGGCUGGUGUGACUGGUUUUGCCCUUGGUGGUGUUUUCGGUCUGUUCAUGGCCAGUAUGAGUUACGAUACCCCACUGGGAUCGACGCCAACACAGUUCUCAGAUUUGCCAUUUAAGCAGCAGAUGAAACUUCAGUUCACCGAUAUGGGUAAGCGCUCAUACAGUAGUGCAAAGAACUUUGGUUUCAUCGGUCUGAUUUUCACAGGCACUGAGUGUUCUAUUGAAUCCCUCCGUGCGAAAACAGAUAUUUGGAACGGUGUUUCUGCUGGAUGCCUGACAGGUGGUGGUCUGGCCAUCAAGUCUGGCCCGACAUCUGCUCUUAUGGGCUGCGCUGCUUUUGCUGCUUUCUCCACAGCCAUCGAUCUGUAUAUGCGCCGCGAUAGUGCGCCGCCUCCAAGCACCGACGAAGACGAGUAA